AUGGUACCACCCGCCUGCCCAGCUCUCCCUCGCUCGAGCAUUUUGCGCGGCAGUCUCUCAUCGCGAGUGGUGAUUGGUACUCCAAGCGGAUUGUGGGGCCAAUUUUCCAGCCUCUUCUACCUCUUGGCCGGCCUCUACUCGGACCUCCUACUCGUCCGCUUCUACCUCUCCCUCGGGUACGUCCUCCUCAUCGUGAACGGGCUGCUCGGCUUCCCGCUCUGGGGCGACUACGUCUCUGACCCGCAGUUCAUCGCCAUCGACACCGUCAUCUGGAGUGUCGUCGGGCUGUACGUGCACUUCUCCUCCUUCCUGCAGCUGCUGUACGACGAGCGGUCUGUGCCGCUCGC